GGAGAGAUUUGUUCCAAUUCGAAAAUUAGUACCACUGAUCGAAAAGAAGCGCUUAAUAGCCACAACACCCUUAGAAGUUGGAUGAAUGAACAUAAAAUAAAGAAAGGAGGUGUCGGAUAUCUGCCUCGUCCGGCCAAUUUGAGAGAAAUGGUAAGUAUUAAAUGGAUGAUUUUGAAGAUGAUAUGGGCGAAGAGCUUUAAAGUUGGCUGUGGAUAUUCCCUAUGCAAAGGAGACAAGCACGCAAAUAAAAUCGUUGUAGUAUGCCACUACAGCCCACGGUAUAACUUUUUCUAUUGUAGUGCAAAUUGCCACAUUGCAGUAACCUGUAAUUUUUGCAAACGCGGUAUCCGAUUGUAA